AGUCACAGACUCACAAUGACAGACAUGAUCCGAUGGGCGCAAAUACAUUGCUUUUGUCUUCCCAACUCGUGUCUUUCUCUUACUGGUUUUCAUAAAAAGUAGAUUACUACAAACCCACAACAAUCCCACUCUGUGAUCCUGCCUCUGUUCCGUGACUAACUUGGUUUCAAGAGAGAACGAAGAAGAUGACGCUGGGUCUGAUCAAUGCAAACCCGGUGGUGCACGCUAAGAAGGAAAGGGUUGCCCGCACCGAAGAUCUUCACUCCGACGUCGACGCCGCUGUUGAUCCUCUCGAAAUCUAUGAUUUCGUGAGGGAUAUAAGAGAUCCGGAGCAUCCGUACUCGUUAGAGCAGCUCAGCGUGCUUUCCGAGGAGUCCAUCACCGUCGACGACAAGCUCGGCCGGAUUCUGAUUACGUUCACGCCAACCAUUCAGCAUUGCAGUAUGGCAACAGUGAUAGGACUAUGCCUGAGAGUUAAACUCAAGCAAUGUUUCCCUCCUCAUUACAAGGUUGACAUUAAGGUAUCUCCAGGAUCUCAUGCAGAUGAAGAAUCAGUUAAUAAGCAGUUGAAUGAUAAAGAAAGAGUUGCUGCUGCCCUGGAGAAUCCUAACCUUCGCCAACUUGUGGAUGAGUGCCUCUAUUCCAGUGAACUGUGACCAAGGCUCGAGACCCACUGUACAGAAGAGACUUUAGUAAUCAUAUGCAAUAAGAAAUUGCUCUGUUGUAUAAUCACUCUGCUUUUUUGCCUCUAUCAAGGUGGUGUGACUAGGUGAUCUGGAGAACUCUCUUGUAAAAUAGAAAAGCAUAGGUUGCAACAUGUAUCAACUCUAUUCAAAUGGUAUGCACCAUUGACUCAGAAAUUUUCAUUUCUACAUCAGAAGUAUUCUUACAGCCCCUUA